AAAUAUAUAUGGUGUGCAUGCUUUAAAAUUGCUGCUUUUAAUGCAGGUAUCUAGUCACGAGUCACGACAUUUAAGAUAGUUCCAAGGGGAACCGAAGGAGCUGUUAUUGUUGAGGGAACCGUUGCUGGACUUUUAGCAUCAAUUCUCCUUUCUUUCGUUGGUUAUCUGAUGGGUGAGAUAAAUGGACCCGAGGCUGUGAUUUGUGUUGUAGCUUCCUAGAUUGCUAAUCUUGGUGAAAGCGUGAUAGGUGCUUCCCUCCAAGAGAAAGAAGGAUUCCGAUGGAUAGGGUGGAAGACCACGUGUUGCAGACUUCGUUCAUGGUUCUGAUGGAUUAGGGAACAUUUCCUUACCUCCUCCAAAAUCCAAGAAAAUUGAGAAGAAGGCAUCGGAAUUUUUGGUGGAUAUGGUUUCUAAAUAUCCUGGUGAAGUAUCCAUACUUGUGCUGGGACCAUUGACAAAUUUUGCUUUAGCAAUGAAAAGGGACUCAUCCUUUGCAAGCAAG